AUGCCCGAUCCUGUCUGCGCAGAGCAAUGCAUCAAGCUACUGCUUGCUCGCGGAACAAACCUCUCUGUUGUGGACAACAAUGGAGAUACGCUGCUGCACAAGGUGCACUUCGCCACGCCGGUCACAACCGUCAAGCUGCUUGCCCAGGCAGGGGCCCCGACGGACCAGGAGAAUAAAGAAGAGCAAACCCCACUGUAUUCUGCCAUCAACGCGGGUAACUUCGACGUUUCAGAGUACCUUGUUGUCCAUGCAAAGGUCAGGGUGAAUCUCAGGAUGUUGAUCGAUGCCAAAAUCGACCACACUGUCGUGCGUCCCAUUUUUGGUGGAUCGCUACUAUACACAGCUCUUGGUAUACGCGAUGAUGGUGUGCGUGCGAGAAUGGUGCGAUACCUGGUCGAUGAUGUCAAGGUUGACGUGAAUGGCCCAGGCGGCAUCCUCAAGUAUCCCAACAUUAACGCAGCUUUCAAGCGCUUCGAUUCCAGAGAUCACGUGGAUACGAAAAUUCUUGAUUUCCUCGUGCGCCGUGGAGCUGACCUCGAAGUAUCUGAUGAUCAAGGCCGCCAGGCUGCCCAUCUGGCGGCUAUAGGCAUUUCGAAGCAUGGCCUGCAAAUCCUACUUACUGGCAAGAAACCCGCAGAUACUAAUGCUACGGACAACUUCGGACGCAUGCCAAUCCACUUCGCUAAUUCGGGCUCGUUCUCUGACUGCUUUGAGUACCUCUUGGGGGGGAAGCUGGUGAAAGAUGUUGACGUGCCAGAUUCCGACGGAUGGACGCCGCUCAUGUGGGCAGCCCGAUCUACAAAUCCAGUCAUACAGGACAUGCUUACACCCAAGAACGCUGCUCUAGAGAGGAUCCGGAAUGGAAAGGUGGAAGUGUGGAAUGACGCUGACCACGAUAUCCAAGUUGGACACUUUAAGGGCCGAUUUUGUUCGAGUUGCUUCGCUAACAAGACAUUACAAUUCAUCAUCUGGAAAGUGCAGAUCAAGAUCCUGGGGUGCGAGUGA